GCCCGUCAGUGCCUACCGCGGAGGUCGCUCGCGGGGCCGCGCGUCCGGGUCGGCCUAAGGGCAGGCAAGCGAGCAGACCAGACAGCCGGUACAAAACUCAAAACAUGAACAACGACCUGUAUAACCAAUGUUCAAAGCUGAUUCGGCUAGAACUGGAAUACAGUUGUCUACAACACAUUCCAGAGGAAUUAGGAAACUCAAAGUAAUGGAUAAUAAAAAAGAGCCCCCAUUCUUCAAUGAAGAUCACGUGGGACCAUUUUACUGCAAGCUUCCUUUCUAUGAUACCAUGGAGCUCUUUAUUGAAACAUUGACUGGAACAUGUUUUGAGCUGAGAGUUUCACCCUGUGAAGCUAUUAUUUCUGUGAAAGCAAAAAUUCAAAGAUUGGAAGGUAUUCCCAUCUGUCAGCAGCAUUUAAUUUGGAAUAACCUGGAACUUGAAGAUGAUUAUUGCUUGAAUGAUUACAACAUUUCAGAAGGUUGUACCUUGAAGCUGGUAUUGGCUAUGCGUGGCGGACCCAUAAAUACUAGAAGAGUUCCUAUGGAAGAUCCACUUUGGGAGAGGGCUGCGUACACGGAUUCCAAUGGAGAUGAGGUCUGGGAGAAGACCUGCAACAAACAAGUUACAUUUUUGGUGUACCAAGAAGGAGACCAGUUAAAUUUUUUUCGUGUAGUAGAUAGGGGAGAUGGUACUUUGACACCGUUAUCUGAAUCUUUAAGCAGUGGUUCUGCAUAUAAUUUGUAUACAGAUGAGGAUGACGAAGCCGAGCCUUCUCCUUCUGGACAACAGAUCAUUGAGAAUUCAAUAACCAUGAACAAGAUGAAGCUGCUGAAGGCGAAGAUGGAGAACAUGACUCUCAGCAAAAAGCCUAGGAAGGUAGCCAAGAUAAAGCCUCGCCCACCCAUGGCUCCGCGGCCUUCUAGUGGUCCCACAGCAGCUGCGCGCCACAGAUUGUUAAGGGUCCUGCCCCACAUCGGGCAAUCGUGUCUGCCUUCUGGGACCGCGAAUCUACCCGAAGCAUCCAGGGAGACACCUGCAAGCGUGGGCCCGCAGGCCCCUGGUGAACUUCCUAAGGCAGAGGAGAACUGGGAGAGCAACCCUGCACCGGCUGCGCACAGCGGGCUUGCCCGACCACCGCCUCAGCUACCCCACUGCGAGUUCGGAAAGGACAGAGGAGAGCUCCAUCUAGGAUCAGCCCUGUUCAGGCCCGCAAAGCACUCCACAGGCAACAGCGAGGAUGACACCAGCGCGUUUCCAGCUUCCAGAGAGUGGGCGACGGAGGACGCGCCGCUGCCCCUGCCCGAGGCGGAUCCCUUUGCGGAAGAGCAGAACGGAGGCGCCCACGCCGACCAAGGGGCGAAAGCCGCGGGAGUCCUUAGCCCGCGCGAGCCGAGCGCGCCCAGGAGCCGGCUGCUGUCGCCGCUGCGCGGGCCUGCACCCGCAUCUCUCCACAACGCGCUGCUGAAGCCCCAGAGGCAGCCCGCGAGCCUGCGAUCCUCGUCCUCCGCCUCCCAGAGCGCGCUCCGCUCGCUGGACACCCGGAACGCCGCGGACCCCGCUUUCUCUAGGACUACUCGCUUACGCGCCGUCAAAGUCGAUUCGCCUGGGAAGCGGUCGGACGUUAUUUCCAAAGUCAAGGCUCGGGAUAUUACGGAAAUGGCGAACAAGGCUUCCAAAGAGCCGGUCGGCAGCGUCAACAACCUUGGCUUCCUGGCUUCCUUGGCCCGCAGCGCCAGCAGGGAGAGUUUGCCGGGCGCGGGUGGGGUGGGCAGGCUCCGGCCCUCCGCGAUGGGGCUGCCUGCAGCCCUUCCGCAUUUUCAAGAGGAAAGCCUUAGGAAAAGCUCCCCGCAGCUGGAGCCCCCCGAGUUUUUUCUGUCUAACCGUGCUAUUGGAAUGAAUGGAAAUCAUGCAGCAGCAGGGAAAAGAGGAGGAGACUGCUCUCACCACCUCCCACCUGUGAAAGCCCCUAUGCAAACAAAGAAGAAAACAACCACGCAUUGUUUUCUUUGUGGAAAGAAAACAGGAUUGGCUACUAGCUACGAAUGCAGAUGUGGAAACAACUUCUGUGCAUCUCAUCGCUAUGCAGAAACUCACGGCUGCACCUAUGAUUACAAGAGUGCAGGGAGGAGGUACUUGCAGGAGAAAAAUCCUGUGGUCAAUGCACCAAAACUGCCAAAGAUCUAACUCUUCCUCUGCACCUUACUGUUCUGCCCGAGGAAUCGCAUUAUAAUGACAGAAGAAAUAUUGUUCAGACUGCAUUAUUUUUGUUCGACUCCAAAAGAUUUGCCAAAUAACAAAAGCAUACUGUCGGCGAAUGAAAGUGCUGCUGCAUUUGACAUCUUUAUUCUUUGGUGAAUCAAAAGUUUUAAAAAAGUAGUUUUCAAAGCUGUACACUAUAAUGAAUUAACUUUGUUAUUGCCUGUCCUGUGUUAAGUGUUUUAUAUUUGAUGCUGCAAUUUUGCUAGACUAUUCCAGAAAAGAUGCACUUUAGGAAGGUAGGAUUGACUGUGUAAAUAGGCUUUCCAUGUUGUACAGAAACCAUGGCUCCACGCGGAUCAGCCACACAUGCUAUUUUGUGUGUAUGUAGGGUUGGGGGAGGUGUGGAGAUUUUUUUUUAAAGUUUAGUCCUAUGUAUGGAAGUUUUGCUGGGCUUACUAUCAAGUUGCUUUUCAAGCCACUUUGUGUAAAAAAGAACAUUUGGUUUUCCAGUGUGGUUUUUAAGACUUAUAUAUUGCUUCCAUGUUGAGAUUGGCAUUCAGAUAUGUAUCAAUUCUAUAAAACACAUCAUGUUAAUCGUAGUAUAUAUUUCUGUAAAUCCUACUUUUGAAAUGGCAGCUUUAAUAUAGAGUAGUUCCUGCCUGUUGACACCGAGUGUAGGAACCAGCUUUUCACCUUUACAAAGAUGACUACAAGUGAAAUAGAAUCUCACAGCUCGGUUUGUUUUUCUUAUAUGUUGAGUGUUGUUAC